GAUAUCUCAUUCAGGACCAUGGCUUCCGAUGGCUGGAGAGUUUCCCCACACUGCCUGCUGACGCACCGCGUGCAGCGCGCAGCGCCGUGGUUAGUGAGGAGGCGGCUUUCCUCUCAGAGCUCCAGGAGCUCACGACGUUGCACUUGGCCCUCCCCUGCGGCCUGCUGCAAG